AGCGGGGAACGCGGGCCCCGCCCCCCCGCCUAUAAGGGCGGUGCGGCACUGCAGCUAGCGCAGUUCUCACAGAGACCCGUCACCCCGACUCAACGUGAGACGCACCGCCCGGACUCACCAUGCGUGAAUGCAUCUCAGUCCACGUGGGGCAGGCAGGUGUCCAGAUGGGCAAUGCCUGCUGGGAGCUCUAUUGCUUGGAACAUGGGAUUCAGCCUGAUGGGCAGAUGCCCAGUGACAAGACCAUUGGUGGAGGGGACGACUCCUUCACCACCUUCUUCUGUGAAACUGGUGCUGGAAAACACGUACCCCGGGCAGUUUUUGUGGAUCUGGAGCCCACGGUCAUUGAUGAGAUCCGAAAUGGCCCAUACCGACAGCUCUUCCACCCAGAGCAGCUCAUCACUGGGAAAGAGGAUGCUGCCAACAACUAUGCCCGUGGUCACUAUACCAUUGGCAAGGAGAUCAUUGACCCAGUGCUGGAUCGGAUCCGCAAGCUGUCUGACCAGUGCACAGGACUUCAGGGCUUCCUGGUGUUCCACAGCUUUGGUGGGGGCACUGGCUCUGGCUUCACCUCACUCCUGAUGGAGCGGCUCUCUGUUGACUAUGGCAAGAAAUCCAAGCUGGAAUUCUCCAUCUACCCAGCUCCCCAGGUGUCUACAGCCGUGGUCGAGCCCUACAACUCUAUCCUGACCACCCACACCACCCUGGAGCACUCAGACUGUGCCUUCAUGGUGGACAACGAAGCAAUCUAUGACAUCUGCCGCCGCAACCUAGACAUCGAGCGCCCAACCUACACCAACCUCAAUCGCCUCAUUAGCCAAAUUGUCUCCUCCAUCACAGCUUCUCUGCGCUUUGACGGGGCCCUCAAUGUGGACCUGACAGAGUUCCAGACCAACCUGGUGCCCUACCCUCGCAUCCACUUCCCCCUGGCCACCUAUGCACCAGUCAUCUCUGCAGAAAAGGCAUACCAUGAGCAGCUGUCAGUGGCAGAGAUCACCAAUGCCUGCUUUGAGCCUGCCAACCAGAUGGUGAAGUGUGAUCCCCGGCAUGGCAAGUACAUGGCCUGCUGCCUGCUGUACCGUGGAGAUGUGGUGCCCAAGGAUGUCAACGCUGCCAUUGCUGCCAUCAAGACCAAGCGCAGCAUUCAGUUUGUGGACUGGUGCCCCACAGGCUUCAAGGUUGGUAUCAACUACCAGCCUCCCACUGUGGUGCCUGGGGGUGACCUGGCCAAGGUGCAGCGUGCCGUGUGCAUGCUGAGCAACACUACCGCCAUCGCCGAGGCCUGGGCCCGUCUGGAUCACAAGUUCGACCUGAUGUAUGCCAAGAGGGCGUUUGUGCACUGGUAUGUGGGUGAGGGCAUGGAGGAGGGUGAGUUCUCCGAGGCCCGUGAGGAUAUGGCUGCCCUGGAGAAGGAUUACGAGGAGGUGGGCAUCGACUCCUAUGAGGACGAGGAUGAGGGAGAAGAAUAAAGCAGCUGCCUGGAGCCUAUGCACUAUGUUUAUUGCCAAAUCCUUUCGAAAUAAACAGUUUCCUUGCA